AUGUCUGAUCCCCAAAAUCCCAAUAUCAAAAGUAGAGACUCUCCACAAUGGGCACUCUAUCAGAGAGAGAUGUUUUGGAAAGAUAACACCGGAGAGGUUCCUCCGUUUAGCACUGAUCCAGGAGACCUUGAGGAUCUGGCCAAAGAGACCUUAACAAAAGGUGGAUGGUACUAUGCUUCCUGCAACGCAGGCCAAUCACACACGCAUCUCGCGAAUCGACAGGCCUUUUACCGCCACCGAAUCGUACCUAGAAUGCUCGUUGAUACAAACAAUCGUGAUACGAAAACUGAGAUCUUUGGCCAUAAGGUUAGCGCACCUAUUGGAUUUGCACCUAUAGGAAUCAACAAGAUUUACAACCCUUUGGCUGAGCUACCAGUAGCUAAGGUUGCUAAGGAAUUGAAUUUGCCAUAUUGUUUAUCUACUGCAGGAUCGACUUCGAUUGAAGAUGUUGGAGCUGCAAAUGGUGCUGGGCCACGAUUUUUCCAAUUAUAUAUGCCACAUGAUGACGAAUUAACGUUGAGCUUGUUGCGACGAGCUUAUGAUAGUGGAUUUACCGCCUGUAUCUUAACAUUGGAUACAUCGCAAUUAGCUUGGCGACAUCGUGAUGUUGUGAACUCAAAUUACGCUUUUUACCAUGGUCAGGGAGCUGAUUUGGGACUAUCUGAUCCCGUUUUCCAGAAACGAUUGGAAGAAGCUGGCAUCGAUGCAAAGAAGCAACCAAAUGAGGCUGGAGCGAUGUGGAUUGAUAACGUUUGGCAUGGACGCGCCUGGUCCUGGGAGAAAAUGCCUUGGCUCAUGGAGCAUUGGAAGAAGAUUAGCAAAGGCAAACCCUUUUGCUUGAAGGGUAUUCAGCAUGUUGCUGACGCAAAGAAAGCUGUUGAACUUGGUGUUGAUGGAAUAGUCGUGUCUAACCAUGCUGGAAGACAGGUCGAUGGAGCUUGUGCAAGCUUAGAUGCAUUGGAGAAAAUCGUUAAUGCUGUUGGUGAUAAGACAUACAUCAUGUUUGACUCUGGCAUUCGUGGUGCAGCUGAUGUGUUUAAAGCUCUGGCUCUUGGGGCAAAAUUUGUUUUCCUCGGGAGAUUAUGGGUUUGGGGACUAAGUAUCAAGGGUGAAUUGGGGGUUCGACAUGUCAUGAAGUCUCUCUUAGCCGACUUUGAUAUCCUAAUGAAUGUGUCUGGAUACCAAAGUGUGGAUCAAAUCGACAGGGACAGCAUCGAGAGCCUUCCAAAUUCUGCAGGCAUGAUUGCAGAGAAAUCAAAACUAUGA